UAAAUUUUUUUUUUUUCAGAAUCCCGAUAAAUUGAUUAUUGGUAAACUAACCUAACAUAACACAAAAUAUUAAAAAUGAAAAAGUGUAAUCUAGUUUUAUCAAUCGUCUUUCUCGUGGUUGAUUUUAUUUCUACGUCAUCCAGCUUGCCGAUUUCCAAUACGAACCAUCUGGAAUCCCAACUUCGUCAGAAGCCAGUUGCAGAUUCUAUGAACAUGAUAAGUAAAAGAACUUACGGAGGAGAAUUGGAUUUUCCUGAUAACUACGACUAUCAGUUUUCUGAUAUGGGUGACUUUUUUGAUGAUUACACCGAUCCUCGCGACCCGCAGUCACCGCACAAAAGAUACAGUGAUGCCAUGGCAACGGACAUGCUCAGUAGACUUGAACGAAUGAGACUGAUGAAAGCCAGAAACAAGUUUUUGCAAAUGAUCAUGGGCAAAAGGAGUGGAAAUUCAUUGACUGAUUUGGUUGAAAUGUUGCAUCAAAAACAACGAGAUGAGAAUAGUCAAGUGAGUGACGCCUUGGAAAAUCUCAAAAUGGUUGGCUUGUAUCCGAGAGAAGGUGAACAGGAAGGAGCAGUCCGAAUAAGAAGACAUGCCGAAGGAACUUACACAGACCGGACAAGUGAGCUGGCAAGACUGAGAGCAGAAGCAGUUAAGCGAGAGUUUGAAAACGAUGUCAUCGGACAAUAUUUUGAUAGAAAAUUGAGAACACCGGAAUUUAUCAAAGCUCUCAUGUUAGCCGAAAGCUGAAACUUACAUCAAGAUUUUAUUUUCUGUCAACUCAAAACAGUCAUACUUUUAAAAAUUGAAACUUUAUGCUUUAACCAUUCUUAUUCUUCUACUGUGAACAUAUAUAUAUAUGUGUUUAUUUUUAUGUGUUUGAAUUUAUUAUUUUAAGCAACUUCAACGUAAGAAAUUUAUGUCGAUCAGCUGCGUUAAAGUAAGACCAAUCUAUCGAGUAAUUUUUAAUGGAUAAUUUUAAAUACCUUCAAUUGUUCAUCAGUCUUUGUCCUUUGCAUAAAAUCCAACAUAUAUGUUAAGUGUGAGGGGUUUUCUGACGCAUUGAUGAUUGCCAUUCUGUUCGGGUGUGAAUACAAUCCUAUUUUUAUGCUCUUUGAUCGCGACAGUUAAGAGAACUGCUUUCGCUUAUAAGCCAAUAUAUAUAUAUAUAUAUAUUUUUGUUGUUGCUAUUUUUUAUGAUUGUUUCCGCUUGUACGUCGCUUAUUAUAAUUUAAUGUUUGCUCGUGUCGUUUUCUUCGUCCUUUAUGUACUAUAAUAUUUAUUAUUGAUUUACAUUGCAUUGCUCGAAAUAUCAAUGAGAAAUAAAUAAAAAAUUAGCGAGGAAAUA